AUGGAGUCUGUAAAACAAAGGAUUCUGACUCCUGGGAAGGAGAAACUGAAAAAUCUUGCUGGGAAAUCACUCGGUCAGAUCUAUAGAGUCCUUGAGAAAAAGCAGAAGCCCGAGGACAACAUCGAGUUGACGGAAGAUGGGAAGCCCCUGGACGUGCCCGCGAAAAAACCGCCUUUGUGCGACUGCACCUGCUUCGGGUUACCUCGGCGAUAUAUCAUCGCCAUCAUGAGCGGACUGGGUUUCUGCAUUUCCUUUGGAAUCCGCUGUAACCUUGGAGUAGCUAUUGUGGACAUGGUCAACAACAGCACCAUCCACCGAGGAGGGAAAAUCAUCAAAGAGAAAGCGAAGUUCAACUGGGACCCAGAAACAGUUGGCAUGAUCCACGGCUCUUUUUUCUGGGGAUAUAUAGUCACGCAGAUCCCCGGGGGCUAUAUUUCAUCUAGGCUGGCAGCUAACAGGGUCUUUGGUGCAGCGAUACUACUGACAUCUACCCUCAACAUGCUAAUACCAUCUGCUGCUCGGGUGCAUUUCGGAUGCGUCAUCUUUGUUAGAAUCUUGCAAGGUUUGGUUGAGGGUGUAACUUAUCCAGCUUGCCAUGGAAUAUGGAGCAAGUGGGCUCCUCCUUUAGAAAGAAGUAGACUAGUAACCACAUCUUUCUGUGGAUCCUAUGCAGGUGCAGUCAUUGCAAUGCCAUUGGCUGGGAUUUUAGUGCAAUAUACAGGAUGGUCUUCUGUGUUCUACGUGUAUGGAAGUUUUGGUAUUGUCUGGUAUAUGUUUUGGUUUUUGGUGUCAUAUGAGAGCCCUGCAACGCAUCCUACAAUUACAGAUGAGGAGCGCAGAUACAUAGAAGAAAGUAUUGGAGAGAGUGCUAAUCUUCUAGGAGCAAUGGAAAAAUUCAAGACUCCAUGGAGAAAAUUUUUUACUUCUAUGCCUGUCUAUGCAAUCAUUGUUGCAAACUUCUGUAGAAGUUGGACUUUUUAUUUGCUCCUUAUUAGUCAACCUGCUUACUUUGAAGAGGUGUUUGGAUUUGAAAUAAGUAAGGUGGGAAUGCUGUCUGCAGUGCCACAUUUAGUGAUGACCAUUAUUGUGCCUAUUGGGGGACAAAUUGCAGACUUUCUAAGAAGCAGGCAAAUUCUUUCAACCACAACUGUCAGGAAGAUAAUGAACUGUGGAGGCUUUGGAAUGGAAGCAACUCUUCUCUUAGUAGUUGGAUAUUCCCAUAGUAAAGGUGUGGCCAUUUCCUUCCUUGUUCUUGCUGUGGGGUUCAGUGGUUUUGCUAUAUCUGGAUUCAAUGUCAAUCAUUUAGAUAUUGCUCCGAGAUAUGCCAGUAUCUUGAUGGGGAUUUCAAAUGGAGUUGGAACAUUGUCUGGGAUGGUAUGUCCGAUAAUUGUUGGAGCAAUGACAAAAAACAAAACACGCGAAGAAUGGCAGUAUGUCUUUCUUAUUGCUGCUUUGGUCCAUUAUUGUGGAGUCGUAUUCUACGGAAUAUUUGCUUCAGGAGAAAAGCAACCAUGGGCAGACCCUGAACAGACCAGUGAAGAAAAAUGUGGCUUCAUUCACGAAGAUGAACUUGAUGAAGAAACAGGGGACAUUACUCAGAAUUAUGUAAAUUAUGGUACCACUAAAUCUUACGGUGCUACGACCCAGAUUAAUGGUGGCUGGCCAGAUGGCUGGGAGAAGAGAGAAGAAUUUGUACAAGAAGAAGCACAAGACUCAUAUCGUUACAAGGAAGGAGAGGAUUAUUCAUAA